AUGAAUGGCAAUGAAGUAGACAAGACUAAUGGGUCGAAGAGGGGUGGGUUCGAAACACGUCCAGAAGGACGAGGGUUAUUCCUAGCGGCCGCAUGUUGGCAGCAGUGUUUAAUUAGCGGCAGGCAGGUUAGAGCUGGUGGAGAGAGAUGGCGGAGAGAAAGGAGGGAGAUAAGCAGGACAAAGGACACCUUGCACAGCGCUCCCCCGACCCUCUCCUUCUCUCUCAUUUAUCGCCGUCGACUGGAACAAUUUGAGCUAAAUGGCGAGGGAUAUAGGAGAUCCCAAGGUGUUGGGAAGUUGAUGGUGGCACUGGAGCUGCUGGAGUUUGUUAUUCCAGCGGUGUCCUGCCUGGAAUUCAAUUGCGGGGUCAUCUUAUCUGCCUCAUUUGUCUGGGUCCCUUCAGCCACCUUCCUAAUUUAUAGUUCGGCGCUGAUGCAGAUCGUUGAAGUGUACAAGGAGAUCCAGGCCCAACAGAUGAACAUUCUGAAGGCCUUUUACGUGGAUCUUCUUGUGCCUUUGGAAACCAAUCUGGAAAAAGACACCAAAGUCGUUCAAGGCAGCGAGGCAAAGAGGUUCCUACGGCAGUUAACCUCAUCCUCAUUCAAUAUCCCCGAGUGCUCCGGGGCUCCAAGUCGGUCCUCCCGCCUCAAUGAAUAUUCAUUGAUAAAGGCAGUAUCCCCGUUAAUGCCAUUAGCUGAUAGCAAGAUGGAGGAAGGGGGACGAAGAUAUCUCGGUGUGACCGCUGACUCGGAGCAGAAAAGAUUUUUGCAGCAGCAUAAACAAAGGUCAGAAACUUACAGCAAAGCGGCAGCUACGAUGAAGAAACAGAGAAAGAAGCAGAGGAAUGCUUCCAAAACAGGAAUCGCAAUGGACAAGGAACUCAAGAGUAUGCAGAUUCUUGAAGAGGAAAGGAACAAACUUGAUGCUUUCUGUGAACAGAGUCUUAAAAAUGCAAUGACUCAGGAAAGGAGAAGAUACGGAUUCGUACUGGAAAGACAAUGCUCCCUGGCCAAACACUACCUAGCUUACCACACCGCCGGCCACUCUUUGUACCAGGCCCACUUGGACCAGUGGCAAGAAGUGGCCAAGAGCAGGGAAGUGCUUCCUCAAUCGGUCGAGAACAUGUUUGCUAACAAAUUGACACAGGUGAGCUUCUGGGCCGAAGAUGGCUCCCCGAAACUUGAUGAAGACAGAGUAUCGCUGACAUCACAGCUGAGGAAAACCAAGUCUGUCGAUGCUUCCUGCUUGGACAUGAGGGCUAUGGGCGACAUGUCAAGCCCGCCUUCACUUCAUCCUCUCGCCAGAGCUAAAUCUGACUUCAAUCUUACUUCGUCUACUAAUUCUCUAACUCAUGAAAUGAAUACACCAGAAAGAAGACCCAAAUCAAUGGCGGUGCCCGACACCAGUACAUGGGAUACGCCGCUAGCCAGGGCUCUUUAUGCCUAUUUGUCUUCUGGAGAAAAUCAGCUUAGUUUCCUUGAAGGAGAUGUUAUAGCUCUAAUGGGUGAGAGGAACAAAGGAUGGCAAUUUGGAGAAAAUCUUAGAACUCAGUGCAGCGGAUGGUUUCCACUUGCCUAUACUGAACCAUUUAUUGAUGAUACAGCUACGAGCGCAUCAUCGCCUACUCAUCGAAGGACAGAAGAAGCAUCAUCAGGUUUUCUUGGUGCUGUUGGAAGAGGUAACCGAGGUCCUCCACAUCUGACAAGAUUUGGUGAUACUCUAGCUUUGAGGAAUAAUACUCAGGUCCAAGAAGGUCGCGGCGGCCCACCCAGUGGCCCAGCCCCUACCGUUCCAUUGCCAAAGCCGACUGUACGCCCAGGUGUUUCAAAACCAGGAGUUGUUCCCAAUCCAGCUUCACUUCAUUCUAGCAACGACAGUGGGUUCAGCAACGAUCCCCCUCCUGCUCCCGAAGUGGACUACUCCGAUGAUGAAACAAACAGAGACACCAUCGUUCGGAGGAAGGACGACACCAUGAGAUCUUGGACAGACGACGAGUGGUUCGAGAAGUCAGCCUCAAUGGUGCGCCAAACGUCGAGUGCUAGUCAUCUUUCCACUCUGGGCAGAAAGGAAGUAGAUCCUCGUCUGCGCCAGGCUCGUCGCCAGCUCAAAGCCCUUGAAAUGCCGUAUGAAAAGAAAGUGAAAAGAACAAAAUCUCUUUGGAAGUUCAGAAAUCGUGAAGACGAAGGAGUUGUAGAAGGGAUGGCCAUGUGGCGGCAUAGAUCGUUGAUAGAUAUCUCCCAAGAAGAGGCAAAACAGAAAAAGAUGUUAACUUUGAAGAACAGAAGGAUGCCUCCACAAAAUAAUUCAGAAGAUUCACCUGAUACUGAUUCGUGUAUUGUUGUCAACGAUCAUCACAAGAAAACCGAUGAGACAUCCACAAUGCUUCCAAGAACUCGUCUUAUAAGGAAAAAGGAAACCACGACAACUGUCGAACUCCACCAGAGUAGAAUUGGUACUGCGCAUCCUUGGUACAACUCCUGGGAUGAAAUCAAUGCCUGAUACGGUAUUCAUUUACUUAUUGGUGUUGGAAUAUUGUAUUAUAUUUAUGUAUCAAUCUAUGUAAUUGUUAUUGCUCAAAGUUACUGUAAGUCAAAAUGUUGUUAUGUUUAUAUUGCUGUAUAUAGUGAUAUUUUGCAAGUUACAUUAAUGAUAUAAUUUAUCCACUGUCCUCAGUACUUCUAAAAACAAAGUUAGAAGUACUAGAGGUGAUAUUAUUACACUUCAAUUUAUAUAGAAAAAAAAAAUCAGAUGUUUAAUAUCUUUUAAAUAUAACAAUACCACAACAAAUUAAUAUAAAAAUAAUUAUUAUUGUAUUAACCCUUUUUAAAUUAUCUGGAUUAUAUUAUUAUUUUUAGAUUAGGCAUGUUUUAUAGUAGAAAUUCUUUAUAAUUUCUUUUUUUGAGAAAUUUCUUCAUUGUUACUCUUAUUUUUCAGAGGAAAUGUAUUUGCUACAGUGAAGUUGAAGAAAACAAAAACAAAUGACAGGUCUGCUCCUAUAAUUAUGUAAACCUCUGAUGUAAUAGUUUGACAUUACCGUCUUCCUUCAGUUUUCGUUUCCGUUAUUCUGGGAUUUUUUAUUUUUUAUAAUGUGACACUUAUUUUUAAUAAUCGAAAUGAAGUGCUCACAGUUGAAUAUUAAAAAUAAUUUAUCAGCAAUUAUUGAUAAGUGUAAAAGUAUAUAUGUAAAUAUAUGAAUUGUUAAUAUGUAUAUAUUAGUCAGAACUUAAUUUAGUCAGUAUUUUAAUUUUUUUUCUUUUCCUUUUAAAUUCAUCAUUUGAAUUGCUGUAAAUUAAAAAUAAAAAUAAAAAAUCUGGCAAUUUUGUAAAAUUUGCUCACAUCGUCGUAUAGAAUGGCAGGCCUACUGUGCAAUGAUUAAGUUAAUAUACAUUUAUACGUAAAUGGCAUUGUGUGCGAGUGUGUGCCUGUUGUCCAGGUUCCAACUGUAAAUAGACUUUGUGUUUCUGAUAAGAAACUAUCCGUCCAAAUGUGCGUUUGUGGUGUUGUUUCAUUGUAGCAAAGAGUAUAUAUAUAAAUAAAUAUCUAGAUGUAUAUUUUUAACAUUAUUGGUUUACUUAGCCAAAGAUAUAUAACAAGUAUUAUUUUCUGAACAAAAAUUCAAAUUAUAUUUUUUAUGUUUUAAGAUUUUAAUUUCAUUUUCUUAUAGGAUAGCAUAUAUUAAAAUAUUUGAUAUAUUAAAUUUAAAGAUAAAAAAAGUGGUCAAUCUCAAUUAUUUAAUCAAUAAAUUAAUCAUUGAUUAAUAUCUCCAGUCUUAAUUGUCAAAGCUUUCCUAUUAAAUAUGGUCCAGUCUCUGUUCAUUUUGGCAACAUAUCUUAUUAAGUUCUAUUGAGUUUAGAUAUUCACUAUAAAAUAACAACUCUAAGCUUCAAAGUAAAAUAUUUUUCAGAUUUUAUAAAAAGUGAAUAAAGCUAUAAAAAUUGACUGCUUUUUUUCUUUAUUUUUUAUCAGUGUACAUAAGUUAAAUGAUAUAUAUUCACAAAUUAUUCACUGGAAUAGCUAAUAUUAUUUGUUGUAUUCCAGUCAAUAAUAAAUAGUCUUUUAAAUCAACAUUUAACAGUAGCUUAUGAAGCUAUGUUUUUAACAAAUAAUUUUAAGUGGAAAUAUAAACAGUCCGAGGAUAUUCAAUAGUCCAUUUGAAAUAUUGUUACCAUUGUCCGAUUUAAGAAAACAGAAACCAUCAGCAAAGAGGAUAUAUCUUGUAUUAUUUUUUUGUUUUUUUUUAUUUUAUAGUUAAUAAAAAUUUUAUCAUUAGGAUUUAAUGGCAGAAUACUUAAAAUAUAGGUUUACUAACAUAAAAAUAUAUAUAUGUAUGUUUAUUGCUCAUCUAGCUAUAACUUGAUAUAAUUCAAUCAAAAAAAUUUUAAAAUGUCUCUAUUACAUCUUAAAUUACCUAAGAGGCAUAAGUCAUCAAUGUUAUUAUUUUUUUUUUCUAAGAAAAGAAUAAUUUUUUAAAAAAGAAGAAACAGAAAAAAAAAAUUGAAGUUAAACUUUAAUUUAACCAGAGUGUCUACAAGUUUGGAAAAUGCCGAAUUGUAGGAAAAAUAAAUUAGAUUUUUUUAGAAAUGUUGGUAUUUAAAAAGUUUGUCCAUUAAGUGUUUUUUAAAUUAUAAUUUAUGAAACAUAAUCUGAAAGGCUUAAACAUUGAUUUAUAUUUGUUUGAUAUUAUUUUUAUCUUUUUUAGUCAGGUCACUAAAUACUGGUGCCCAAUUUCUUUCUUAUGAACAUUUUCAUUCCUUAAUCACUCGAUUAAUAUAUCUCAACUUCUUUCUUACACUUUUACAUCUCAUGUAGCCUUGUAGUUAGAAUGUAAACUGAUAACUCAACUCAGUGGAAUCUUGGAAUAUAAUAGGUUCAGUAGGCACCCUGAGUCAUAUGUUAAUGAGUAACUUCAAUUUGAAAAAAAAAAUAAUAGUAAUAAAAUAACUUUUUGGAUUAGAUAGAUGUUAGAAGAGAUAUAGUAACUAUCUUUUAUGACAGUAACCUUGAAGUUACCUUUAUCCUUCUACAUUAUGAGACAACGGAAUAUAUCUUUUGGUAAUGUUAGUUUUUUAUAUUAUUUUUAUAUUGAGGAUGUAGAGUUUUAUAUGGCAGUAUAGAAAUUAUGGACCAGCUGAAAAGAAUGUGGAUGUUCAAUAUGUUAUUCUUCAAUUAAUAAUUUGGUACUCUUUGCCGAUUACGUUGCUGUCUCUUGUAUAUGUUUUAAGAUUUUUCUUUCUUUAGGUGUUGAAAAAUCUACGGAAUCACAACUAAUUAGGCUAACUAAGUGUUUAGCUGUCAUUAGAUAAUGCAUGGAUAUGACUAAUUAACAGCAUAGAAUUAUUACAUUAUCGGUGUAGGGAUAGUAUAGUUUUUAAAAAAGCUAUGUAUAUGUAUAUGUAGUCGAGAUCGUUUAUAAAAAUUAAUACAUGUUAUUAUGUAAUCAAAUAUGAAUUAUAUAUGUUAUAUAAUCCAAAAUAAAAUUUAGGUAAAAAUUAAAAGCAUGUUCUUGAACCAUUUCUAUUCUUGCAUUUAUCAUAUGAUAUUGUAUUGUUUUAUUAAUAAAGCAUUUUUAUUGUUUUCUGUUAUAUUACUUUUUUUUU